AUGUCUUCUGGUCGCAUUGCAAGGUCAUCCACAAAUUGGGCUCACUUACAUCGUCAUUGCCCCAAGCACCAGCUGGAACAAUUUAGAGACCUCAAAACCAAAACCGAUGGCUUAGUUUCGAGAAUAUCGUGUUUACCAGAGAAGCUUCCGGAAAUCAAUUGGGACCAUUAUCAGAAAGUAGUGCCCGUUCCAGGUCUUGUUGACAAGUUCAAGAAAGAAUAUAUGUCAUUGCAAGUACCGGCUCCCACUGAUUCGAAAAAUCUUGGUAAGAUGGUGGAUGCUCAAGCAACGAAAAUGACUUCAAUGGCAAAAAAGCACAUUGCGUACUGCGAAAGUAUGAAAGUUGAUGCGAACAAAAUGAAAAAGGCCCUGGAAAAGUUGCCCCCUUUUGACGAGAUGAUUCCAGAAAUCGUUAUGGCUUACUUCCCGAACACCAACAUGGACCCGUUUUUCACAGGAGAAGUCCCUAAGCUUGCGACGCAAACAGUGCUUCAAAACACCGCUCCAAAGGUUCAUUGGGACUUCAGUUAG